AUGUGUUCCGGAUACAGGAUUGCACGUGGACUAUCGUGCCGGGAUACCAUUCCCGCCAUGGCCACUAUCGUGCUCAUCGUAUCCAGCUUAGUACGUUCGGCUACCGGUUCCAGUUACCGGAUUGAUUUGAAGUCCUCCGGAUCGGUUGUCCUUGGACUAAACAUGACGAUCGAGUUCAGCGCCGUACUAUACACGGAUGGGGCUCUAGUCAAUGAUAAUUAUGUCGUCGACUGGUCAGACAACACUUAUCCGCAGCAUACUCUAGAAGGUCUUACGUCGCAAACACCGCACUUUAAUUGGACGGUCAUGUACGCACAUCCGGUAAAGCCCGGCACGUAUUCGGCAACGAUCCGGGUGAAGAAAACGUUCGUCGUGAUACCGUACGAGCUUGCGUCGGCAUCGGUGACAUUCAAUCUUACCAGUAUGCUGAAUGGCGAAUUACAACUGAUACAGAACGACACAUUGAUCAAUAGUACGUAUGUGUCGAGCACGGUGCCGGUAAAUCAGUCGAUUAUCCUUUCCGAUUCCGACCGUCGCGCCCUUACGAAGGCAGCGUACGUGCAGACGUUCUGGUUUAUCAACUGUCAGUAUAUUGGCACAUCAGAUGAGCUUUCCACGUUGAGUAAUUUCACCCAGGAAAAUAAUACCUACUCAAUAGAGGCACUGGUCGUAGCAUCCUUUGAGAAGCUCCCUGAGCCAACAACGACAACCACAACUACCACGACGACUACUACUACGACCACCACUACUACUACAACUACAACCACCACAACUCCGGCCACUACUACCAGUACGAGCACCACUACCACUACCCCUACACCACCGACAACAACUUCCACAACGCCUGUCACUAAAACCAGCAGUACUACACCAAAGUCUACUACGACCACGAAAUCGCCAACGAACAAUGAUAUUUCCACAUUAACCAACCAUCCAAGCGAGCUGCGCAGCAAACGAGAGACUGCAGAUAACGAAAUGACGGCACAAGGAUACAAGCAAACGGCAUACGCCCUUGACUCGGUUAGUCCCGUUCUGUUGAAUCUUACCGAUCGAAAUAAUAUUCUCCUACCAGAUGUUUCGAAGGAAACGCCCCUGGAAGCGACAACGCUCGAUGCGGACCCAUUCGUACGUGUCGCGAAGAAAUCGGAUCGGUUUUAUAAUGUCCAGGAUGCACAGCAGCCAUUCGUGUGCGAUAACAGCUCGAUGGUUGCACCCGAUCCGAAAAAGGUGUACGGAUACUUUCAGCGAACCUUCACCGUGCAGCAUCCAAUUGCACAAUUUAAUGUUUCCGGCCAGCAGUGGGUAAGGCAAGGCCAACCCGUGGAUCUCGUAUUUCAGUGCAGCGGUACACCACCGUUCGAGUUUUGCUAUAAUUUGAAUCAUGGCCAGCACAACAUGACCAACAACGAGACGUGUAAGGGCGACUGGGAACCAUCCAGUACGGCCGAGUGUCGUUACAAGAUCCAUCGCUUCUUCUUUACCAACGAUCAAUAUUCGAUCGUCAUUUUCGUCCGGAACCGUGUGUCAAACUACUUUACCCAGAUCGGUAUUCAGUUUUAUGAAAAUCAACAAAAGUCGCAGCUGUCAGUUAUAAUCGUUCCGAUCGGAUUCUGUCUGCUGGCCGUGCUGAUUGUGGUGUACGGAAUGGCGUACUACAUUCAAAAUCGGGAUCGUUUCAUCGUUGAGGUUGCCGAUUUUAACUUUGGCGAUACAAGUUCGCUGGACGACGAUAUGGAGUACAAAACGUUUCACCAGAGGCUAGUGGACAGUUUACGAGAUUCUGUCCGAGUGCCGCGCUUCAACUUCCGGCGCUCAAGCGCACACGACGUAGACGAUGUUUCACCAUCGUCCGGUGCGGCCGGUGAGUCAUCGUUACGGUACGGUUCGAUGACCUAA